AUGUUCAAGAAACCUCCCCAAGUGAAGUCGUCUUCAAACGUCAAGUCUUCCGAGAGAAGACAUUUGUUGGUGGAAAUAUGUAAGCAGUUCAACAUCGAAAAAGAAAAUCUCUCCAAGGACCAGGAGUUGGCGUUGCUUCCUGCGGUUACCAAACAGGCCACCUACCAUAGUAUCCAGGACCAUAAGGGAACCAUAUUUUUUGAUGGCGACGAAAAGCCAACAUGGUUUCGCAUCAGAGAUUCUCGUUUGUACCCGACAGUCUAUACGCUUUGGCGAGCUGGCUAUCUUUUGCCCGUGAUUCUCACUAACCCGUUUGUCAUUAGCCGCAUAGUGGGCAAUGCCAAUCUCUUGUUGCCGGGGUGCAUCCCUCCGUUCGAUAAGCGGGCUUUGAGAGGGGCCCUUGUGGGCAUAGCCAGCUACGACUCGCCAACUGUCAUCAGGGCAAUUGGCACGUGUCUGCUCAAUUUGACCCAAUUUGACGAUGUCCAAGAUAGACAGGGAACUGCAGUGACGAUCAUCCACCGGAUUGAAGAUGAGCUUUUCAACUUGUAUGAGGGCGAAAAGGCCCCUGAGUCUGUUGACGAUGCGUUUCCAGCCGCCAUUAAACAAGAACCCGAAACAGAUGAAACCGAGAUAUCGGACAUUGCCAAUCAGGGGCCUGGAAUCAAAGACACAGACGCGGAUCCUGUGAAUGAUCUUGCAGAAGCUGUCGAUGAGCUCUCUGCAGAGGAUCUUGACAACUUUUUUAUUCGCUCAUUUGUGCAAUCCGUAAAAGUCAACAAAAUUGAACUCCCUCUUUCAGCCUCAAAAUUCAUGGCAGACUAUAUCCUCAAGAAUUUGCCAAAGAUGGACACCAAGUACGCCAACAUCAAGAAAACAACCUGGAAGAAGAGCGCAAAGUUUCUUAAGGCCUUAGAAAAGAUGAAGUACCUUACUUUGAAAGGGAAAGGUGAUGACGUGAACAUCGUCAGCAUCACCGUGCCACCCGACAUACUUGCUAAUUUUGUGACACACAAAACAAUUGAAUCACUGAAAUCCAGCAGUGGUGCUGUCAACAAGAAGACAUCCGACAAAAUGUUGGUUGUAUCGCUCUACAAGCCUACCAACAAAACUAGAAUGGUGUUUAACAAAUUGGACUUAGAUUAUCAGAAACUUUAUGCAUCUCACGAGCUCAAAGAAAUAAUGAACACUUACAUAAAAGAGGCUCAAUUGGCCAGCAAAAAGAACCCAAAGUUGGUCACCUUGGAUUCGGCUCUCUCUUCUGCUACCAGCACUUUUGAUCCCGAGGUAAGCAGAGAUAAAUUGUUCCCUUCGUUUUUGAAGAAUUUCUCACCAAACUAUACCAUUUUGCCUCCAGGUGGAGUCCUUGACGCGUCUUGCGUAGUGAAGAAAGGUGACCCGAAAAAAAUCAAGAUCCUCACGCAAACUGUUCUCGGGAGGAAAAAGACUACCACGGUGCUGGAUUUCGAGCACUUUCAUAUUAAGCCUCAAGUGUUGGCCGAAGAGUUGAAAAACAAAUGCUCUGGUUCUACGGCCAUUGGACCAAGCAAACACAACCCUGCAGUGUUAGAAGUCAUGGUCCAGGGCCCGCACGGCAAUACAAUCAUCGAAUAUUUGAAAGACAAGGGUGUCCUUAUCUCUUUCAUAGAUUUCGAAGACAAAAGCAAGAGCAAGAAGAAAAGAUGA